AAACCUCACAGCAGCUCAGCUGACGGAGGCUCGUGAGGAACACGUCCAUUCGGUCCCAACUCUGAGCAACAUUUACGGCGCCCGGGAUUGAAUUCACAUAUCUGGUGGUUUAGAAGCGACUACAUUUCCCAUCAUCCCCGCGGGCCGCAUCACUUUCCUCUUCUCGGUGGCCGUUUUCUUGGCUUUGCAGCUGGAGCAGCUGGAUGAGCGCGCGGCUGUGCUGCGGCUUUCCUUCUCAUGGGGAAGAUCCGGUGACUUUAUUAUUUUUUAUCGCGAUUUGUCUUUAAAAACCUCUGGAUUAUGUUUGUGUUUCGUUGAAUUUUCCACAAAAAGUUUCUUCUUUUCUAGUUUUUUUUUUUUCUUCUUCUUCUUAAAUGAUUUUCUUCGAGUCUUAACGACGGACAAGUUGGAUGCACUUGUUUAGUUCGUCUGUUUGGGGAGUUUUUUUUUUUCCGGUGUCAAACCCCCGAACCUUUACAAUCACAUGGACAGACAGCAGUGUGUGGACUGAAGCUGACUGAGCCGCGCACCAGACUCCGGCUCCACAGUGUGACAGACGAGCCUGAGGUGCCAACGCCUUUCCCCCCCUUCUCUUCUCCCUUCGCUGGGAAAACUUCAGCUCACAGCGCCCCGAGGAUCGUCUGAGCUGCUGAAGACACGGACCGACACUAAACAAGUUGUUCCAGAGUGAAAAAAAUAAAUAAAUUAAACAUUAAAAAUGGGCUGCACGAUCAGCGCCGAAGACAAAGCUGCGGUGGAGAGGAGUAAAAUGAUUGAUAAGAACCUGCGGGAGGACAGAGAGAAGUCCUCCAGGGAGGUGAAGCUGCUCCUGCUCGGUGCCGGGGAAUCUGGGAAAAGCACGAUAGUAAAGCAGAUGAAAAUCAUUCAUGAAGACGGCUAUUCAGAGGAGGAGUGCAAGCAGUACAAAGUGGUGGUGUACAGCAACACCAUCCAGUCCAUCAUGGCCAUCAUCAGGGCAAUGGGCCGGUUAAAGAUAGAUUUUGGGGACGCUGCACGGGCGGACGAUGCCCGUCAGCUGUUUGCCCUGGCGAGCUCAGCAGAGGAGGGAGUGAUGUCGGCAGAGCUAACCACCGUGAUCCAGAGGCUGUGGAGCGACGGCGGAGUUCAGACCUGCUUCGAUCGAUCGCGGGAGUAUCAGCUCAACGACUCUGCUGCAUACUACCUGAACGACCUGGACAGGAUCUGUCAGACAAACUACGUCCCGACUCAGCAGGACGUGCUGCGCACACGUGUGAAGACCACCGGCAUCGUGGAAACCCACUUCACCUUCAAAGAUCUCUACUUCAAGAUGUUUGAUGUCGGCGGUCAGCGAUCAGAGAGGAAGAAGUGGAUCCACUGCUUCGAGGGAGUCACGAGUAUCAUUUUCUGUGUGGCGCUCAGUGACUACGACCUCGUCCUGGCUGAGGAUGAGGAGAUGAACCGGAUGCACGAGAGCAUGAAGCUUUUUGACUCCAUCUGCAACAACAAGUGGUUCACGCUCACCUCCAUCAUCCUCUUCCUCAACAAGAAGGACCUGUUCGAAGAGAAGAUCAGCAGGAGCCCGCUCACUAUCUGCUACCCCGAGUACUCUGGUGGCCAUUCAUACGAGGAGGCAGCAGCAUAUAUCCAGUGCCAGUUUGAAGAUUUAAACAAACGAAAGGACACCAAGGAGAUCUACACCCACUUCACUUGUGCCACAGACACCAAGAAUGUGCAGUUUGUGUUUGAUGCUGUCACCGACGUCAUUAUCAAGAUCAACCUGAGGGAGAUCGGGCUCUACUGAGGCUUCAGGCCCUGCAGGAGGAGAAUCAGGACUUCUGGGCUGGUAUGAUUUGGCUGCAGAGGGCGAAUUGGAAAGUAGGUUUUAUAAGGACUCAGCUGUGACCAUGCUGCAUGCAGGAACCUGAAUUCCACUAUUUAGGGACUUGAUACUAUGAUCACUUUUGUCUUAAUAGAUUUUACGAAGCAGAGCAUACCGGGAGGAAGUGAUAAGUGGGGGGAGGGGAGGUCUGUGAAAUGAUCACUGUGAGUUCUGUGGAGUCCUGUCAUAUUAAAGACCUUUAAACCAGUCAGGGGCUGGCGGGUAAAGCCCCUCCGAUGUCUCUGACACAUUCAGAGUUUGUCUGUCGUGUGUUCAAGGACCAAAACAGACAGCCUGUUUCAGAUCCAUCACUGCAUUUCACAGUUUCACAGCUGACGUGUAAAUUCUGUUCACUCUCUUUGUGUUGCAUCCUCUCGUUGCUUAAGUUUAUAUCACAUUGCUUUUAUUGAAUAUUUGCAUUUGUUAUAUUUUACUUCAAAUUCUGAGUUGCAAUUAUGUAGUAUUUUCACUUUUUGGAUGUGUGAAUGCCAUAACUUAUGUAUGGAGAUACAUUUUGUGUGAGCAGUUUUGGUGUACAUAGCGUAUCUUUUUGGGUCUGGGAUUAAUAGGCAAGAAUCUAAUGAGCUCCAUAGCACCACCCUGUCCACAUAACUAUUAAUUCAACAACAUUGUAUUUGACAAUAUUUUUUAUAAAGAGACUCAUCACUGCAAAAUCAGUUUGUGAGGGGAGAUCUUGAUUUCCCUGUUUUGGGAGAUGAGUAAGAUUCUUUCAGUCGGAGGUCACGAUAGAAUAUCCUGGGCUUUUCCUCUAGGUAUUUUUUUAAUCCUAUGGAUAUCAGAGAAUAUAUACAAACACAUCAAACAUAUAAAGUGGGGUAGUUUGAUAUAGCCAGAGGCUGUAAUUGUGUUCUUUUUUUUUUGGCUGUAGCCAUCACAUAAAAAAUAAUCUGAUGCUGUUAGAUACGGUAGUGGAGCACAGUUUGGGUGAAAUCAGUCAUUUUCCUGCACAGAAAAGUAGAAAACAUUAACAAUUUCCAUGUAUAGCUCUCUCUUUACAUUUCUUGCAGUUGUAUUGGUUCAUUUUAACAUCAUUAAAUGAUGGCACAAA